GUCGUCGCACACGAGCGACAACUCGACGACAAACUCGAGACAAAUACUGAAGUACUCGAAGAAACGACUCAGAGGUCCUUAUGGAGAGAUGUUGGAGUCGAUGAUGAAAACGAAGAACAACAACGAAGACGACACUAAACACAAUCUGUCGUUCAUUCAGGAGUUGUUGCGCGAAACGGCUCAACAGCGCAAACAGUUGGACACCAACGCCAGGGAGACGACGGGAACGGCGGCCGACGCCCACGAACUCAGCACUUCCACUGCUGAAGCGACGCCACAAUCGGACGUGUCGUCCAACGCGACGUCCAUUACGGCGACCAUUGGACGACAUUUGGACACUCGCACUCACAUUGUGGGCGAACUCUACGACACGGAAAAGUCGUUUUGCGAGCAAUUGCGGGAUUUGGUGGAGAAAUACGCGAAACCGUUGUCCGAAAUGCUUAUA